UAGUCACACUGAGUAACGAACGCGUACGCACGUGAAUAAGUACACAUAAGCACGAACCGUUUGUAUUUCCACCCCUGCACUGAACGUUAGUGCAUAUAUACUCUUUUGCACGUGACAGAACAUACUGUGUAGAAUUAUGCAGAAAGGCUCAUCCCCGUGAAGUGUUUUUUCCCCCGGAAUUUGAUUCAAGUCGCAUCACCAAUAGGUCCCUGCAAAGAGUCAGCCCUAGUUGGAAUCGUUACGCUGUAGCAGUGCGAGGCUCCAGAUUGAAUGCGCAGUUCACGGGGGAGCCCCCAAGUAUGCACAGGGAUGUACAGUCAUGCAAAGGGAUGUAUAGUCAUGCAUAGGCAUACACAGUCAUGCAUAGGUAUACACAGUCACGCAUAGCCUUACACAGCCGUGCAUAGGCAUGUAUUCCCCUCCCUUCCACUGCGAACCAACGGCGCGCUCGAGUUGUCCCCAUUAAUGCUCGAACACUGCGAAGUUGCUACUACGCCUAACCAGCGGAGCGUCAACCGGAUCAGGCUAUUCUUCCACCCCUAGCUCAUGCGCCUCGCCCAAUUAGUUUUCCUCCCACCCCAACCCGGGCAAACCCACACAGCAGCAGCAGCAGUAGCAGCAGCAGCAGCAGCAGCAACAACAACAACAGCAACAGCAACAACAGCAAAAAAAACGAAAGAACAUUCAUGCAAAAGCUCAAAGUGCUGACAAACUCCAACGUCGCCACUGUUUUAUCACCGCUAAGGAGAAUGGCCACAUCAGGGAAAACCACCCUCAAGUUGGACUCGCUCAACAAUGAAAUGUUCAAAGCGCUCAGAGAGAAAACGCUAAGUCUGAGGAAGGAGAAGCUACACGUUCAUCUAUCUGGAAACAAUUUGAACGUAACUCCAAUUGAGAAGUCAUGCCCCCUCACCUUUUUCAUGCUGAAGCAUAAGUACAAGAUAGACACGCAGAGCAUCCAAAUUAAGGUGGCAAGUAGGGGCUCUGGCGGGGAGGGAAACAUAGUAAGUGGAGGGGAUGCCUCCCUUACGGGAAGCGAACCCCCUCAUGGGGACAGUAACCAUGGAGAGGGCGCCACCCCAAAGGUGGGGGAGACCAGCGCAGACGUUAACUGCGCAGUUAGCGGGGUUAGCGGCGGAGUUGGCGCAUCCGGAGGGGCAAACUUCUUAAACUCCUUCAUCCAAUUUAACAUCCCCGUUUUGAACGAAUUCGACCGAGCGUACUUCUACAAACACAUCAUCGAGAUAAUCGACACGCUCGCCGCAGACGUUGUGUACAGACACAGCAUAGGGGGAUACAAAAAAAACGACAAGCACAACUUCGUCACAGUCCUCUUUAACAACCUGAAGGUGUACGAGAAGAGCCAACUGCACCACGAGUUUUGUUUCUCCCUGUACGAGCAAAAACCUCUGACCAUCAACUGUUACCUUGUCCACUCGGGGAACACCUCGUACAUAUUGAAGCUGGACUUCUUCCAAGAGGAUAAACUCAUUUUCGACAUAUACACAACGUUUGUAAAUAUAAACAGCUUGACAUUCAAACCGCAGGAAGUUGUGCCUGUGGUGAAUUCGCACCAGAAUGAGAAGUACGAGCAGGUAAGUCUCUUUGCGGCCCACCUCAAGGAUGUGCAAAAUUUGUUUAACCACAAGGAUGUGAAGAAUAAGUUUUUGCGACAGGAGGAUGUGAACUUCAUGCUGGAUUAUUUUAAAAACACGCCAGUGGAGAAAAAGACCCAUGAGCAGAAUGAGUACCGAACUACGGACAUUUUUGAGUAUGCCCACGUUCAGGCCAAAUCGGCCGCGUCAGGAGCGGUGGCAGCAUCGGGGGUAGGAGCAGGAGUAGGAGCAGGAGCGAACGCCGCAUCAGCAGCAGCAGGCGCCGGAGCAAACGCCCUGCCCAUCCUCGGACACAUCUUGGACACAAACGACGUGGCCUUCUACACGGGGAAGAACAACUUCUACUGCAAAGACUCUUACGUCGAGUCGAAGAACUUCAUAUCGUCGGAAUUUAAAAACAUCCACAACGUCACCUUUGGCGGGUACCUCGCUUACCUCUCCUUCUGUCACGCCAUGACCAUCAUCAAGCACUACGUUGCUCGCCCAGUCCUCAUCGAGUUAAACGAAAUUCAGUACAUCCUGCCUGUGCCCUGCAACUCUAUCGUAUCCUUUAGGGGAAAAGUGGUAUACUGUGAUGCUGACAAAAUUCAGAUAAAAAUUGCAGCUUACUGUUUUGACUUGAAAAAAAAUGCUUACUACCUAACCACCAUUUUUGACAUGUCCUUUGAAAACAAUUCAGCCAUUUCGUUCAUUCCCCAGUCGGAGGAGGAGGUUAAGCUUUACUUGUUGAGCUACAUCCGUUCGCAGCUACUCCCCUAG